GGGAGGACCUGGGGACUAUAUACGAUCGGCAGCAGCUGCGGGCCCUUGUGGAGUACCACGACAAUGUGGUGCAUGUCUUGACCAGCGACGAGGCCCGCAUUUUGAAGGGGGGCCUCGACUUUGCCUUCGUCCGCGUGGACAAAGUCAUGACGCCCCUCCACAGAGUCUGCGGGCUGGAGAUCGACACGAAGCUGACGUUUGAAAAGAUUUCAAAAAUCCUUUCCUGCGGCUUCUCCAGAAUUCCCGUUUUAGACCUCGCGAGUCCCCAGUGCAUUGUGGGGCUGCUUUAUGUGAAGGACUUGGCCCUCUUCGACCCUUACGCCGAAGUGGACGUGCGCACUUUGCUGCACCUCUUUGGCCGGAAUGUUUACGCCGUAGACGAAGACACGGCGCUGCUGGAUUUGCUGACAGCAUUUAAGAAGGGUGGGUAG